AUGGAUAGGGAGCUGAGGCGCAAGGAUUCAAGGGAUAUGGAACCUAGGCAUCAGGAUUCGAGACGUUUGGGCCCAAGGGGCAUGGUAUCCAGAUACUUGGAUCCAAGGAACAUGGAUUUAGGAUACGUGGACCCACGGGACUUAGGCCCAAGAGACAAGGGCAUAAGAGACAUGGGCCCGAGGGGCUUGGAAUCAGCGGACAUGAACAUAAUUGACUUGCACCCAAAGGACUUGGAAUCAAGUGCCAUGGACACGGAUCUAAGGGCCUUCGACCCAAGGGACAUGGGCCCUAGGCAUGUUGUCACAAGAGCCGCGGGUACAGGGAACUUGGUCCCAAGCGAAUUCGACCGAAGGAACGUGGGCUCACGAGAUAUUGAUCCAAGGGACUCGGGCCGCAGGAACGUGAACCGAAGGAACGCGGCAAGGGACUUGCUGGCUAAGGACUUGGACUCAAGGGGCAUAAGGGAGGCAGAUUUGGAACCGAGACGGUCGAGCUCAAGGCCGGUGGAACCAUUACGACCGAACAACUCGGUGCCGGAGGGUCGAUCUGAGCUCCGAGGUUUGCAGACGUCAUUGAGCCGUAGUCCCAUCCAGUAUAAGGAGCUGGACCGGUAUGAUGACCCGUCGCGGGGUAGUGGAGGGCUAGCUGGCCCGAAGGACGGUCGCAGAUCUUGGCCCUCUUGGGAGCCGCAGCCUUUUGACGCAGAACCGCCGUUACACGGAGAGCCGCUGAUGGAAGGAGAGUCGCCGCUGGACGGAGAGCCGGGUUGGUUCGAGCCGUUGGAACCCGAGGCGUUCGCGUCACAGCCGAGUGACUGCGAGUGGUUCGAACUGGAAUCAGAAUGA